AUGAAAGCAACGGAGUCAAAAAAAAACGAUGUUGAAUGCAACCUUCAAAAAAAACAAUCACUGAAAGUCGAACGAAGGAAUGAAAGAGAAAGGAAACGAGUUCAUCAGGUCAACCUCGGUUAUGCAUUAUUGUUAAGCAAAGUGCCAGGAGCGAAAGACAAAAAACUCAGUAAAGUGGAAACGCUUCGUCAGGCAACUCGAUACAUUCACUAUUUGCAGCAAUUACUCAAUUCGGGAAAUCAAGUACCAUUUAUAAUCGAAUACAGGCCAAAACUGAAUUUGCAAUUUUCUCACGAGCCAUAUACGCAAUCUACCAGUCAAGAAAAUCAGGUUCCCGUAUUAUCUCAAGUUCUCAGGUUCAUGGAUAAUUCAUGGACAACUGCAUAA